AUGGAGAGCGCCUUCUUUUGCAGGCUGCGCAGCAAUUGCCCACCUGAACUCAAGAACGAUCUGGUGCUGGAUGAAGAUCACUUCACAACAGGCAAAUUCCCCACUUCUAUCGUAGCGGGGGUUGUUCUGCCCACGCCUGUCAAGCCAGGUCGAGAGCAGUACAUAGUGAACUGGUGGCCCGCAGCAAACACCAAGGCCGCGGAUGCACGAGCAAAGCAGCUCGCGGAGAUCGAGGAACAAGCAAAGCAAGCAGCGGCGGAGAGAAAAGCUGCGGCAGAAAAAGAAGCAGAGAAACAAAAGGAGAAAGAUGCCAAAGCAGCCAAGGAAGGUAGAGAGAAGUCAGACGAUUCAGGAGGUGUCAAAGCUACGGAUGACACGGGAGGGGGAACCAGUGCAGAUUCCAUUGUGGCCGAAGAGCAGAAGUACUUGUACGAGCCGUUCGAGCUUGUUACAAACAGCCGCCGCCGGCUGCAGAUCCACCUGCUGCAAUCGCUGUCAGCGGACUACCGCUGGCACUUCAACGAGCUCUUCAAGGCUUGCCAGGGUGACAAGAAGAACAUCAUCGAUGGUAUCAAGGAGAAGUGCAGCCGCAUCCGGCAAAUUCUUGGCGAGCUGCAGAUUGAGGAGGAGGUUCCAGAGCCGACUCUGGAAGAGGUCGAGGAUUCGGACUCCGUACUCAAGGUCCAGGAUCGCGAGAUUACAGUUGAAAAGUGGAUCUCGCCGGAAGAGAAAAAAGCAAGGGAAGAAGCAGCGGCCAAAGAGGAGGAGCGCUUGCGACAGCUCCGAGAGAACGAUGCUGGCCAGCGUGCAUUGGUGCAGAUGAUGGGUGGGACGCUCAAGACAAAGAAGGACCUCACCCCGUUGGAAGUCGUCCUGGACAAGGAACCAUGGAUGGAUGAAAUCCCGGAGGAAGAUAUGUCGGAAGCCCAAAAGCUAGCUUUUGCUGAGUACCAGGCAAAAGAGAAGGCCCUGGCCGAGGCGCAGGAUGCCUACCGGAAGCAGCUCUCUGCAGAGCUGAAGACACUCCGCGCUGGUGUGCAAGAGCUGACCCUCCAGUUUGAAGGCCUCUUGAAAAAGCUUCACCACGAGCGUUUCUCCCACGAUGCCAAGUUUCUUUGCCAAGAGCUGUACUGCGCGCGUUUGCAGCUGGCGCUGUUGCAAAACGUGGAGGACAACCUCGUCCGCGAGCAAGCCCAGUUCGACUUGGCAGCUGCACAACAGACAGUGCAGGCGUGCGAUGCGCGAUUCAACGCUUUCUCUGCAGAAGUCCAGAAGGCAAAAGGAGAGCAGGACGAUCGGGUGCGAUCCGAGAAAGAGGUCUCCUCGGCCCAAUAUUUCAGGCAGGCAUUUGCAAACUCGACCCUCGAGGCAAACGCCAUUACCGCCCUUCUCCAGCUGUUCCGCAGGAAGAAGGAGCCGCUGAAUCGAGCCAAGUCAUUUGCUUCAGAGAAAGAAGAGACUGGGCGGAUGCGAAGAAGCGCCUCGACGGUGGGAAUCCCCAACAAGGGGGUGCCCGGCUUCAACCUCCUGGAGGAAGCGGCCGCCGAUCCCUACCUGGAUCUGGGAGUCGAGCCUAAGGAGAAGCAACUCCAAGUUGAGGACGACAUCAAGUUCGAGGACUGCCCAGAGGGAGUUGACGAGGAGAGCUUCAACCGAAUGCUUGAGCUUCGGGCAGAGAAGCUUCGAGCAGAGGCUGAGGUUGCACGUGGUGCUGCUGUUCUCAAUGAGAUGGGCGGCUUCCUUGGCCACCUGGAGCGCGAGUGUAUGGAGGCCAAAGCCGAAAAUGACCGGCUCGAGAGGGAGCUCCGAGAGCACAAGGCGCUGAUGGGCCGAGAACUCUACGACAUCGAAAUCCUCUUCAAGCUGAAGCAGGGUCAGGUCGAAGUCCCACAGGCAGCCGUGGUCACGGACUACUCAGACGCCAUUGUAAUCGAUCAGGAGGUCGUGGAGUCACGCAAUCGGCGGAUCACGGAGCUGGGCAAGGACAAGGUGCACAUCCUCACGAAGAUCAAGGAGUUCAGAAAGUCUUUAAGCACACUGGACUGGGAGCAUGAGAUGUUGGCGCUUCAGACGACGGAUCUCGAGGAGCGUACCAAAGAUGUACACAUGCUUCGAGUGACAAAGGAUUUGCAGUCGCUGCUGAAGGGAGGUGAGGAAGGCAGAAAUAAGGCGGAAUCGGAUCUGCUGGAACGCAAGAUCGAGCAUCUAAGCGAAGCGACCGAGAAGAAAGAGCAGGCAUUGAAGAAGCAGUAUUCGAUGCUUGCCCAUGCAGCCAAGCUCAGAAAGAACGAGAAUGGAAUGCUCGAGAAGAAGCUUCGAGAACUCCAGCAGAAUGUGAUUCAGCGGGAGCACAUUCGACGCCUGCGUGCGCCCUCCGGCCAACCACAAAAGACAGGAGGUGGUGGUCGCGUUGAGGAAGAUGAGGGUGCAGCUAAGGCAGCCCACGCUGCCUUCAAAGAGUUGAGAAGCCGACAGAAGCUGAUGGAGGUGGCCAAGAAGAACACGGAGGAAAUCGAGAUCCUGCACAAGGAGCUGGACCGCCUGCGACAGAGAACCUUCCCCUCUUUCGUCCAGCUCCACGAGGAUCGACCGGCGAACCCGGACCAUCGCUGA